AUGGGCAAGUGGAAAGCUUCAAUCCAAGAAGUGAACCAACCGAGCUUUAAGGUGAAUAGACCCGAACAAGGUGUGAAAAAAAAAGAGAAAUACGUUCUCAGUGCACUGGACCAGAGGGAUAGGGCGGCCAAAACGAACCAAAAGCUGAACCUGAGGUGCUGAGGAAGGUACCGGUAGGGGGGAGGGGAGUGUUGCAGUUCCUUCGGCUGCUGUCGUGGAUGAGUGGGUUUGGGCAGUGAGGUGGUUGAAGAUGAUGGUUGUCCUACUGAGUAGGAGAGGGAAUAAACGAAGUUAGCCAACCGGAUUCGGGGCGACAAGAGGGAUAUUUCCAAGCAAAGCAAAGCACGGACAACACAGCACGAGGGACGGAGACGCAGCGGAAAGCGUAGUAUGUUCCAGUCCAACGGGCAGCAGCAGGCGGUUUAAUCGCCUUAACACCAACUGAAGAUAGUAUAGGGAAGGUCUGAGGGGAUGAGUGGGCAGGGAGCGUGUGUGCGUGGAAGUGUGUGAGUGUGUGAGUGUGUGAGUGUGUGAGUAUGUGAGUGUGAGUGUGUGUGUGUGUAAUGGAGUAGGCAAUGUCUGGGUUUAAGAAAAGUGUGCAAGGAAGAAGGAAAGGAAGGGUAAAUACCGUGGCCGGGGGAAGGGGAAAAGCUACCCUGAUUUGAGGUGGAGGAAGAUGGAAGGGUUCGAGGUUAGGGUGAGGUGAAUAUAGUGUAGUGAAGGUGGUGAGGUGAGGUGAGGUGAGGUGAGGCGAGGGGGUGUGGUGGUGAUGAUGGGGCCGGUCGGCGUGGAGUGUGAGGGUGAGUAAUGAGGGUGGGUGGGAGAGGAGAAGGUUAGGCCAGGUUAGGUUAGGUGA